UAAAUCCGUUCUAUUGUAUUCACUCAGGUAAAAGCGACCCAGGCAUUGACAGAAUAAUCGUUACGGUUGAUGACCGCUUUUAAUAAACCCGGUUCAAUAUGACGUGUUAGACUGGAGGCUGUUUAAUUUAUAAACAAGAAGGGCGUAUACUUUCUUACACAGCCAGUGUACGUGUGUACAGAAGAUAGGAGGGCAGAUAACAAACCUAAAGGGCCCAGCAAAUUAUCUUCUGGUGUGCCAGGACCAGGCGACUGCUAUUUUCGGAUAUUUUUCGUCGGCCAUUGUGACAAAUGAUCGCUCAGGAUUUUUAAUUCCUACUUUUGAUCAGUGGCUUGGUCUGUUUUAUAUGCAUCCGUGACUCUGAAAAAUUUGAAUAAUUUGAAUAAUUUUACGAUCAGUUUUUGUAAGUGUCAAAAUGGCCUGGCCUGGAGUGCUAAGAGUGGCAUUCGCCCUAACGUUAAUAUCCUUGUUUUUCGUUCUUGUGGGGUAUCUUUUACCAUGGUGGUUUGUUGGAAAAGGUUUCUACAUGGGCGUGUUUUACGGAAUUAUCUGUAUCCCGGGGGAUAUUACGGAUGGCAACUGUACUGUUUUCUCCUACUACGACAUAAAGGCUGAAAACUCGAGUCUCGAACAAAUUGUUCAAAGUGUGCUUUUUGUCAUCAUACAAGUCGUGACGUCUGUGGCGGUUGGAUUUACCCUCCUUGCCAGCCUUAUUCUUAUUAUCGGCGCAUGUGGGAACGUGAAGAGCAAAGGCCCUUACGUACUGGCGGCCAUCUUUCAAUUUUUUGGAGCUUUGGUGGCAGGAUUGACGGCCGGUUUAUUUGCUGCCGUAUACGUUGCUACUUUCGUCGGCUUAGAGGGCCAUUUAGCGUUGGAUGGGAAGAAUUUCCCAUAUGCGAUUCUUUCUUUAGGUAUUGGUGGUUUCAUAUUAUUCAUCGCUUUCAUUUGUCUUGCCAUUGCAACGUGCACGUGGAGAAACAUGGAUGAUGAUGACGAUGACGAUUUGAACCCACCUUAUCCAAUGAGCGACUACAAGGGUGGCUAUGGCAACCAGGGGUACACAAGCGACAGCAGGAGAAAUGAUUACAUCGUUCCUAGUAGCUCCCACAAGUAUGGCUACGAGUCUAGGAAUGACAAUAGUAACUCACGGUAUGACUACAGUAGCUCUAGAAAUGACUACACAAAGUACACAGGGUCCAGGAAUGACUAUUCCGGAUCACGAAAUGGUUAUCCCGCCAAACAGGAUAACCCUUAUAGAAACGAUAACAUGUACCGACCAUAUAACAGUAGUUCCUCUCGGUAUUAGGACAGCAAGAAUCAAACCAUUUGUCAAACACCACAUCAAGUUCAAACCCAAGCAAAUAAAAAAGCCAACUUGUGACGAAAGGUAUGUGACAUAGCCGUGGAUAUCUGCCAUUUGUACACAAUCUAACAAUUUUCAUUUUCUUAUAUCUCCCUCAGAAAGUGAAAGACAUUGUGGCUAGUUUUUUUUUCAGUCAUCUCGGAAUUCGGAUACCCACCGGGUGAUGAGUAAACGACGAGAUCACCCGGGGGUGUCCGAUGAUUCUUUGAAUGUGAACGUUUUAACAAAAUAUAAUAUUCAUGUCAUCUAUUUAGUGAAAUUGACGGUCAAGAGAUGUAAACAUUUCCAAAAUCCAGCAUAUAUCAAUCAGAGAUCAAAAGCAGCCCUGAGCCAUUGUGUGCAGGAUACGAGACAAGAGAAGGAAAAUUCUAUUGUUAUUGAGGGUGUGAAUUUUCCCAGUAUCAUUAUUAUUAUAAUAAAUGCAAUUGAUAUUAAAUGAUAUUUUCUUUAUGUAUAUUGACAUAUUUUGUAUGAUUUAAGAUAUUCAAAUUAAAUAGCUAAAAGUAUU